UGGUACAAAGGGACUUACAUGCCUAAAGGAAGAAAGGAAGGAAAAUUAGAAGACGGCUAAAACACAGUCAUGUCUUCUGUUUGGCACACUAUUCCCCCUCUUCAUGGGAACUACAAGAGGUUGGGUUUCCUUUUAAUUUUCAGUGUAAGUGUAUGUUGUAGUGCCUCUUUAAUGUGCCCCACCACUUGCAUCUGUGCCAGUGACAUUAUGAGUUGCACCAGCAGAAACCUCUCAAGGGUGCCAUCAACUCUUUACAAGCACAUAAAAAGACUGGAUAUGAGUCAUAACAAAAUUGGGAUUUUGGAUCAAGACUGGAUACCCAUGCUGCUUGAGAAGUUGAACACCCUCAUCCUCAAUCAUAACAACAUUUUUAGUAUUUCUAUUGGGAGCUUCUCAGUUGUUCCAAAUGUCAAGUACCUAGACCUGUCAUCCAACAAUUUGAAGUCAUUGGGCAGUCCUAUAUUUCAAGAACUGAGAAUGCUGGAGGUUCUGUUGCUUUAUAACAAUCAUAUUGCACAAGUUGAUUCUGCUGCUUUUGGAGGAAUUCAUAUGCUGCAAAAACUGUAUUUAAGUUACAACUCUCUCACACGCUUCCCAAUUGAACUCUAUACUGGGAAAUACAAGCUCUCCGAACUUGUAUUCUUAGAUCUUUCUUAUAAUCAGAUCCAGUCAAUACCAGUUAAUGGCAUAAGACUAGUACCAGCCCGACACUUAAGUGGAAUCUAUCUUCAUGGGAACCCAUUUCAUUGUGACUGCAUACUUUAUUCUAUGCUGAACUUGUGGUACCUUCGACAUUUUACUUCAGUGGAAAACUUCAAGACUGAAUAUACAUGCAGUAAAGAUUCCCAAAAACUGCCUUUAUUGCAGAACAAUUAUUUAAAUUGUUCAGAAAGCACCAUUAAUGGUUCUUUCCAUGCCUUUGGUUUUAUUCAGGAAGCACAAAUUGGUGAGCGAAUUAUAGUACCCUGUGAUACCAAAAUCAGUGAUGCUGGGACUAGUUUUAUUUGGAUCAGACCAAAUAAUCAAGUAUUAGAGCCAGGAAAGAUAACUGAACAGUUCAAAGUAUUUCAUAAUGGGAGCCUGGAAAUAGAUGAUGCUCAGUAUGAAGACGCUGGACUUUAUUCCUGCAUUGCAAUGAAUAAGAAAAGAUUAUUGAAUGAAACAAUUGAAGUAAGAAUAAAUGUCAGCAAUUUUACAGUGGACAAAUCUUACUCACAUGAAACAUUUAACACUGCUUUUACAACGCUUGCAGCUUGUGUAGCUAGUAUUAUUUUGGUACUUCUUUACCUCUACUUGACGCCCUGCCCUUGUAAGUGUAAAUCAAAGAAAAGGAAAAGGCAAUUAAACCAAAAUAGCACAUCUCAUGCAUCCAUACUAACCUCCAACACACUCCUCAAUCUUCCAUUAGAUGAGAAGAAAGCUAGCAGUGGCAAAAGGGUGGUGUUUCUUGAACCUGUGAAGGAACCUAAACCAGGUCAAAAUGGGAAAAUCAGAAUAUUUCCCAAUGAGACUGUAAUUACUGAAAGCAUCCUGAAAACACCCCGAACAAAAUCAGACUCGGUUUCUACAAACUCAGCAUUCUCAGACAUGCAUUUCAUGCCAUCAUCUUAAGUGUUCCUCCUGCACUAAUGCCAUAAAUCCUAUCAGCAGCAGCCACAGCUUUAUCCAAUAUUGAAAGAAAAGUCAUGGAAAACCUCUGAUUUUUUUAAGAAAACAGAAAUCUUGAAGGUUGAAAUUAAUUGCUGUUAUCUUCUUGUUCCUUCUCAGUGGGAAGAACAUGUGUUAAUCUUACAACAUUCAGGAGGAGCUCGUUGUUAUAUGACAGGAGUAGCAGAGUAAGAUGGUAUACCUUGUAUUCUUUCUAAUAUUUCCUCUGAAAUGAAUUAGGAGGUAGCCUUAUGAAGGAACUUAUCUGAUCAUUGUCCUCAUUCAGUGGAAGAAAGCUUACACAGUAGAAGUCCCAUUGGCUUUAGGCCCUAGGUGUUUCACUGUAUAGAAUCAGUGGGAUUGUAUUAUCAGACUUUGAAUCAAGUAUGUCUUACAGUGUUUAUAGAAGAACAAAAUAGCCAUUUAUUCAAUUUCUGUUCAUUGCCUUGAGAAAUAUAUUUAUAAAUAAAUUUAUAUAAUCCAGAGCAUUCCCAAAUAAUGUUUAAUGUUUAGAUUUAUUUCAAAACUGGACAGGGAUAAGGGUUUUUUUUGUAAUGAAUUUUAAAAUCUAGGAAUGUAAUGUAUGGUAAAUCUAGAAAGAGAUAACCCCCCAAAAUGAUAACUUUUACAGAACUCAUACUGACCAGAGAUAUGAUUAUUAAACCAAUUAAGCCUUGAAGGUCUGUAUUUCAGAAGGAUAUCACUUUAAUCUUGUUAAGAAACCCAUAGUCUAAAAGUAUUUAAGAAGUACUAUUUUUCCAUCUACUGUAUGGUGAGCAGAGAGGUGCACUAUUGGAAUGUCUGUCUUUACAGGUCUUAAAGGGAUAAGAGCCAUGAUACUGUAGAAGUAUAUCCAGCCUAUUUGUUUGGAUUAAAAUUUAUGUAUGUGUGUGUCUGGACUGAGCAGAAAAUGUCUACAAAAAGAAUGCAUAGAAUUAGUUUUGUAAAAUUAUUGAAAUGUGUGCAAUUAGAUAUUUUAUAUACGUUCCACUGCACUUUGACUAUUUUUGAUGACCUAUUCAGAGCCAUAAUCCAAACUGUUGAUCCCAAGAUAAAUGUUGCUUUCACAUCAAUGGCAUGAAUACCUAGACUUUACCUUCUGAACCUAGAACUCCAGUUUGAAUUUGAUUUUUAGAGCUUUAUUUGAAAAAUUCAAACUAGUUAAGCUAAUUCUGUUUGUCAUUGUUUAAUGUGUAACUAUCAAAGCAACAAUUCAUGAAGCUUCCAUCUUGUGACGUUUUGAUAUAAAAUUGACAUGUCAUAAUUUCAGGAUGAUCUAUUCCAUUAGAAAGCUGGAACUUUGUACAAGUCUGAUAUAUUUUAGCAUAGUUUUGUGUUAAUAAAUGAAAUACGAAAAACAAUAAAUUAUUUGCAAAUAUUACUUAUUUUGCAUAGCAUUGUUUGUCCCAUUUGGGUUUCUGUCAAAUUAGUAGACUGCAGUAACAUGCAACAUAGAUUACAAUUUCUUGGUUUUCUCCGCUCGCUGUCAGCUGCAACCUUCAAUCAAAAUAGAGCUGGAAGGUCUUUAAUCCAGUCCCCUGCUCAAACAGGAGACCCUAUACAAUUUCA